AUGGCGCCCACCGGAUGCUGCUGCUUCACGUGCGUGCCCACCGGGACCGUGCAGGUUAUUCAACAGUGUGGGAAGUUUGCGUUCUUCGCGCGCGAGGGAUGCCACUUCGUGAACCCGUUCACGGGACAGGCGGUGGCGGGCGCGCUGUCGACGCGCGUGCAAUCGCUCGACGUGAGCGUGGAGACGAAGACCAAGGAUAACGUGUUCGUGAUGAUCGUCGUGAGCACGCAGUAUCAAGUGCUCGCGGGGGAGGAGAAGCGCUUGUACGACGCGUUCUAUAAACUCACGGACUCUCGGGCGCAGAUUCGAUCGUACGUGUUCGACGUCGUGCGCUCGACGGUGCCCAGGAUCAAGUUGGACGACGUCUUCGAGUCCAAGGAGGAGAUCGCGAUGAGCGUCAAGGAGUUGCUGAGUAAAUCGAUGAAUGAGUUCGGUUAUCAGAUUUUGAAUACCCUCGUAACGGAUAUCGCGCCGGACGCGCGAGUGAAGCAGGCGAUGAACGAGAUCAACGCGGCGCAGCGCGCGCGCGUCGCGGCGCAGGACCGCGCCGAGGCGGACAAGAUCAUGGUCGUCAAGGCGGCUGAGGCCGACGCCGAAUCUAAGUACUUGGCGGGUACCGGUAUGGCGCGUCAGCGUCAGGCCAUUAUCGCCGGUCUUCGCGAAUCCGUCGUCGAUUUCCAAGAGUCCGUUGACGGCAUCUCGAGCAAGGACGUGUUGGAGAUGAUGAUGAUGACGCAAUACUUCGACACGAUGAAGGAAGUCGGUACGACGCAAGGUAACUCGACCAUUUUCGUCCCGUCCGGUCCGGGUGCCGUCGCGGAGGCUUCGCAAUCGAUCCGCAUGGGUCUGAUGCAGGGCCAAGCGGCGGUCAACAAUAUGCGUCAUUAA